AUGACGAUGUUGCGUCGGGAUGACAACCGCAUCAUCAUCCAUUUUGAUUACGACUGUUUUUAUGCCAGCGUUCUAGAAGCAGAGAACCCGGCUCUCAAAUCGCUGCCGCUGGCUGUGCAACAGAAACAAAUCGUUGUCACUUGCAACUAUGAAGCCCGUAGAAGGGGUCUGCGGAAGUUACAACUCAUCAAGGAGGCGAAGCAAAUAUGCCCCGAAGUCGUCAUAAUCCUUGGCGAGGAUUUGACCAAGUUCCGAGACGUGUCCAAAAGCCUCUAUACUUUCCUGCGAGCAUUUCUGUGGGGUCACAGAGUUGAACGACUAGGCUUUGAUGAGGUAUUCUUGGAUGUCACUGACAUGAUAGACCACAACAUGGGGCUCUUGAAUCGGAAUGACUUGGGGCACUCAUUCUUUUGCCUUGACCGACGGGACCCAACACAGGGCUUCGAGUUUGACGCCACUCAGUUUUGCGGGCCAACCUUCCCGAUGUUGAGUACACUCUCUACUUUUAACAAUGACCUAGACGCGUUGACACUGCGCCUUAUUCUCGGGUCUUACUUGGCGGACCAUAUUAGGACCCAUCUCGAUCGUAAGCGGGGAUACACAGCCACGGUUGGUGUGUCCACUUCGAAACUACUAGCCAAACUUGUUGGUAAUGUGAACAAGCCCAAUAGCCAAACGACUCUUACUCCACCGUAUGUACCAGGUCAAGGGGAUGCCGACGUCAGCAACGUCACACGAUUUAUUGAUGAUCACGAGAUCGGCAAGAUUCCAGGUAUCGGCUUUAAAACAGCACACAAACUCAGAACGUACCUACUUCAGCGGGAGCUUACUGUUCAGCCGUACAAUGAAAGAACCCAAGAUGAACAAGUCAAAGUGCGGGACGUUCGACUUUCCCCAGGCAUGGGACCUCCUAAGUUAUUAGACAUCCUCGGUGGCCCUGGAGCCUCCAAGGAUGUUGGGGUCCGUACUUGGGAGCUAUUGAAUGGAGUAGAUAACAGUGAAGUUCAAGAAGCGCGAGCUGUCCCGACACAAAUAAGCAUUGAAGAUUCGUUCCAGGGAAUCCAGCAAUUUGAUGAAGUCAAAAGGCAACUACACGUUCUUGCAACAAGCCUGAUUAGGCGAAUAAGGGCUGACUUAGUCGAAGAAGAUGACGAUGGUGUGCACCGUUGGCUAGCACAUCCCCGAACCAUUCGCCUUUCAACUCGUCAGAGAUCUCCUAUGAAUGGCGACGGAUCUCGAGAAUAUAGCUACGCCAACGGGCGCAUAUCGCGAUCGGCUCAUGCUCCAAGUUUUAUUUUUAGUCUCGGAGAAAAUCCCGAGGCUAUUGCCGAAAAGCUAGUGGAUGAGUGUCUAGUUUCUAUGUUCCGUAAGCUGCAUCCUGAUCGGCCAUUCGGAGAGUUGAGCCUGAUCAACGUCGCCGUCACGAACAUGGUGGAAAGCGCCGGGGAUCAAAGGCAGAGUAGCGGCAGAGACAUUGGCAAGAUGUUCCGGCAACAAGAAGAGGUUCUGAAGGAUUGGCGACUUUUGGAAGAGACUCGCUCUGACACCGAAUCCCAGGCCCAGCAGAAUUCGGCCUCAGAAAACAUACCGCUCGAUGACGCUUCUUGGGAAGAAAGUGACGAGGAAGAAGAGGCUCUCUCUACGGAAGCAUGCGGUAUCUGCGGCGGCCAUAUUCCUGCUUUUGCACUAUCUGCACAUGCUCUGUACCAUGCUGCUCCUGACUGA